GUGACAGUUGAGAACCCAGACAGCUCUAUUCAAGUUUAUGAAUGAUUUACUCUUAGGGUGGCAAGACUAAAUGCAAAUGAACGGAGAGGAAACUGUCAGCUGCACUGUGGUUCAACCAAUAGGAGCACAGCUCCAUCUUGGCUGUGCACUAGACUGCAUUACACACAGACGAUACCAUCGCUUCAACAGCAGCCUUUCAGCAAGAGAUACGCCCAGAAGCUAACUAAAGAGUGAAUGUUUUCAGUUGUUCAUCAGUUAUCAACACAUUCACAAACAGCUGUCGUCAUUUACAACAUAAACCUGACAUCCACUACUUCCUGAUUCAGAUCACCUGUCCUGGAAGUUUAAAGGAGAGGAAACAAGAGACAGAAAUACACUGAACUAAGCAGAGUCAAACAAGCGACAUAAGAAGUGCUAUCUCUUUAAGAAUGGCCUCCCUGAGCUCCAGCCUCUGGAAUGAAACAACUACAUCUGUUUAUCAGUACCUUGGUUUUCAAGUUCAAAAAAUUUACCCUUUCCAUGAUAACUGGAACACUGCCUGCUUUGUUAUUCUGCUUUUAUUUAUAUUUACAGUGGUCUCUUUAGUAGUGCUGGCUUUCCUUUAUGAAGUGCUUAACUGCUGCUGCUGUGUGAAAAACAAAACUGUGAAAGACCUGAGAAGUGAACCGAACCCCCUCAGAAGUAUGAUGGACAACAUCAGAAAACGUGAAACUGAAGUAGUCUAGCUUCAAAAACAGCCCUCAACCACUGAGAAAAAAAGAAAAAUUUCCGAGGCCAAUUGUUAUUACAAAACUGACUCUGUCUAUGAAUAAUUAAAAGAUUUCUACUAGAAAGAAAAAACAAAUUAA